GGUUGACCACAAAGCUGCAAGCCAUGGUAGGGGAAUAAUCUGUGGAGGCUGUUCUGUCGACCGGGGGCUGAGCAGUGGAGGUGAUAAUGCUUCUAACACAAUCACUUCUCGCCUGCAAAAACGGGUACAGUUCGGCGAAGUUUCAGUGAGGAGUAGCGAUUACACACCGCUUAGAGAGUAUUUUCGUGCACGAGAGCAGACGAUAAUAUUCAAUAAGGAUCGGUGCAAUUGGAGGAACGAUAUGGAUUAAUUGCCUGCAAGUUCACCAAGUGGCAAACUUUCAAAGGAGUCUGCUUUAGGUAUUUCAAUGCUGGGGGGAUAUCAGCAAGUGUUCCACUGGUGCCUAAUUCCUGCAACUCUUCAAUAACAGAAAGUUUUGAGAAGAGAAACCAUUGGAUGAAAUAAUAAUUGAAUUCAUUGUGAAGACUUGGAUGUACAUUAACGGAACUAACUGCAAGUACCACACAGUGGCUCCAUUUACCAUCUGGUGAUAUUACCCAGCCAUUCAGGGAACCAUUUAUCAACAUCAUCAAGAACAUAACAGCAUCAACGUAAGGUACCACCUACUGAUAUUCCUUCUCGGUUGGCAUGUAUGUUCGGAUCUAGUGGCCAAUCUAAUGCCACUCUGUCACAGGAAACAAUUUACAACUGAUUUCAUGUUUUCUAAAGUUCAGGACACUUAGUUGUGCAACAGUACACUUUGGUGCACAUGACUGAGCUGCUCGUUAUUCUUACCAGCGGAUUACCGACAUUAUACCAGCUCACUGAAGUCGUCUAUGAUGGGGAAACUCAGCGUGUUUAAGAUAGCUCUGAGCAAUGUCCACGGUGUCUAUUUUGCGGGACAGAUGCUGCAGGGUCACGUGAUCUUGGAGCUGAACGAACCUGUGAAGUUAAAAGGCAUCCGGAUCACGUUUCGGGGUCGGGCGUUCGUGCACUGGACGGAACAGCUGAUGAGGGGGCCAGGUGAGAGUCGUUUCCGGGAAAUCCGUCACCACGCAGCCAAGGAGGAAUAUUUCGACGUGUCACAUCCUCUUAUACCUAGGGGGUCUGGUAACAAUGACGAAAAGAGGAUCCUGGCCCCUGGUCAGUACACGUACCCCUUUCAGUUUGAGCUACCGGCCAAUCUACCCAGUUCAUUUGAAGGUCAGCACGGCUACCUCCGGUACUGGAUCAAGGUGACAAUGGAGAAACCAUGGAAGAACGACUACUCCACCAAGAAGGUCUUCACGGUUCUCUGCCCCAUGGACCUGAACAGAGAACCAUCAUCAGGGGUAGCAUCCCCUUCAGUCAAGAAGAAUAAGCGACUGUGCUGCCUGUGUUGCCGGUCGGGGCCUGUCAGCGCCGUUCUCAGCGUCCAACAGAAGGGCUUUGUGCCCGGAGAGGCCAUUGUGAUCACGGGGGAGGUCAACAACAUGUCCUCCAGGAAGAUGGGAGGCUCGUCGGUGGAACUGAAGAUGACAACGGUAUUCCACUCUACCACCAAAAGCCGGGCAAUCACCCAGCAGGUGGGGAAACUGAAGCGGGGACCAAUCUCCUGUGGGGACACAGACAUAUGGGACGGCGAGAAGCUGAUCAUCCCCCCAUUGCCGCCAUCCUUCCUCCUCGGUUGCAGCAUCAUCGACAUCAAGUACAUCAUUGAGUUACGCGUAGACCCCGUGGGACCGGCGUUUGACCUGUCGAUUCCAAUAGAGAUCCUCAUUGGAACAAUCCCAGUCCGUUCAGCCGUCCAAAACUACAUAAGAAACAAUCAGAUCGCUCCACCAGUGGACAGACCUCCACAGCCACCACCAUCAUGCCCCAACAAUAACAUAGGCUGGACCAACUCCGUGCUGACGAAUACCUACGGCCAACCCAGUCAGAGUCCUUCCUCCCCUGGGUAUUCCGUAAGUCAACCCAGUACUCCUGGCAUCGCCUUCAGCUACGGGCAGCCUGGCUACAGCUUCCCUCCAAGUUCAGCACACAAUAAGCUCAGUCACCAUGGUCAGUUCCAAGGCCAAAAUUAUGGACAGUCACAGGCUCAAGGAUUUGGCCAGGAUCAAAACAAUGUUCAAGGUUAUGGUCAAGGUCAAGGUUAUAACUAUGGACCACCUCCGGUUCCCGGCCAUGGCUAUGGACAGUCACAGGCUCAAGGAUUUGGCCAGGAUCAAAACAGUGUUCAAGGUUAUGGUCAAGGUCAAGGUUAUAACUAUGGACCACCUCCGGUUCCAGGCCAUGGCUAUGGACAAAGUCGUCCAUACCCGCAUCCUCAAGGGCAGCAGGUUAACCAGCUGUACCCUCAUGCUGCAGAUGCACGACUGUCAAAUGGUCCGCAUCCCCAAGGAGCGUCUGCCGAUGCACAAGGAGAUAACAUGUGGAUGCCCACACCCAUGCUCUCGGAGUACUUCUUCGGCCAGCGUUACGUGAGGGACGACGACGACGACGAGUAUACGCAGGGGGACUUGUACUACACACCGCUGUAUGUGCUCUACGACUUCGAGAAGCCCAAAGAGAAACCGACGCGCACUGUGAGAAUCGCAUCGUAGUGGCGAGUGGGGUGCGGACGGACAAUCGCUGUAAGAAUCGCAAUACAACGGCUGAUAAGAUGUAGAAGGGUGGAGUGAGAACCGCAGUAUAACAGCGAAUGUGAUGUAUAACGGCAGUGUGAGAACCUAAGAAUAGCGGUGAACGUGAUGUGUAACGGUAGUGUGAGGAUCGCAAUAUAGCGAUGAACGUGAUGUGUAACGGCAGUGUAAGGAUCGCAGUAUAGCGGUGAACGUGAUGUGUAACGGCAGUGUAAGGAUCGCAGUAUAGCGGUGAACGUGAUGUGUAACGGCAGUGUAAGGAUCGCAGUAUAGCGGUGAACGUGAUGUGUAACGGCAGUGUAAGGAUCGCAGUAUAGCGGUGAACGUGAUGUGUAACGGCAGUGUAAGGAUCGCAGUAUAGCGGUGAACGUGAUGUGUAACGGCAGUGUAAGGAUCGCAGUAUAGCGAUGAACGUGAUGUGUAAGUAUCAGGACAAAAACAGAUACGGCCACGCAGUGACUGAAACGUAGUGGCGAAUAAGAAAUGGACAUGUGCUGUCAGAUUCGCAUCCAAACAGCGAAUAAUUAGGCAUGUCAGGGUUGAGAAAUAAACACGUGACUCCUUAAUCAUAUCGUUACAGUGUAAAAGAAGGCCACCUACCUUUUGCAUCGCGUCCAGAUGGCGAGUAGGAAGUGGACAUGUGCUGUUAGAAUCGCACUGUGAGACACGGAAACGCACAGUUAGAAUCGCAUCUUUAAUAGCCUGUAAAAGUGGGGUAUGUGCACGUGAUACACAGACAUAUGGGAGACCUGGCCGAAAUAGAGGACACAGUUAACAUGUAUAAGAGGUGUCCGAAAAAAGGUCUUUGCGCACCCCCUUAAUGUACCACCCCCAUGUGGAUCCGCCUUGAGGAAAUACAAGUGGAAGCGGUUAAUGUGAUCAAUGAAAUGACAGUCUCUGCUGUCCGUAGUUGAGGUGACGGGUAAAUUCGCUCUAUUUAUUUAUCUUCGAAUAACCCUGCCUCCAUGCUUGUGUUGGUCCAAUGUAUGAGAGAGAGUUAAUAAAUGAUGUUUAUAGAAUACAAGCUGUUGAAACACAAUUCCCAUUAGUGUAACACAUUGAUGAUAUUCGCGACAGGAGGGAGAAACAAGACAUUUAUAUCGUCUAGCACUGAUGAGACAGCCAGCGUUUGAACAGUGUGUCCUGGGUUCGAAUCCAAAUGCAUUAGUCUACAACAGUAAAGCACAACUUUAUGUUGUCACACAUAAUGAAACAAUGUUAUAUGUGACGUCGUAUUGGGCGUCGAUACUUAUCCAAACUCUUCCAGUGACCAUGGAACAGAAACGUAUUAUUCUACUCGAUUAUAUCAAUGGAUAUGUUCUAUACACAAUGUGCACAUUUGUGAUUGUCUCCAGUAUAAACAUAAUUUACACGAUAACGCCAAAAUGUUUUGCAUAAUGAUAUAUUUUGAUAUGUUUGUAAUCGUACCGUGUAUUUCUCUGUAACUGGGCACACUCGUUCAUAGCGUGAUUAAAACACCGUAUUGGUGAAUAUUUUCUGCAGUA